UAGAUGAAAUUUUUCUUAUGCUAGGGCAAUGUGAACCAGUUCUAUCUCUUAAUCCGGCGCGUGUUGAGUGUGUUAUUGGUGGCAAUUUGGAUCAACAGGAGAUACCUAAAAGCAAUAAUACAUUGCAUUCCAGGAUGCCUAACAUAAAAGUGUUUUCUGGCACUUCCCACCCGGAUUUAGCCCAGAGAAUCGUUGACCGUUUGGGCAUAGAUUUGGGGAAGGUAGUAACGAAGAAAUUUAGCAAUUUGGAGACAUGUGUUGAGAUCGGCGAGUCUGUACGUGGCGAAGAUGUUUACAUUGUACAGUCCGGUUCUGGGGAAAUUAAUGAUAAUUUGAUGGAACUUCUGAUAAUGAUUAACGCUUGUAAGAUAGCUUCAGCUUCUAGAGUGACUGCAGUUAUUCCAUGCUUCCCAUAUGCCCGCCAAGAUAAGAAAGAUAAGUUGCAAGGUGGCGAUGACGGAUAUGAAAGCAUGAAGUUCGCCAAAAAAAACCACGACUGGAAAUUUAGGAGUCGGGCACCCAUAUCUGCAAAAUUAGUCGCAAACAUGUUGUCUGUAGCGGGAGCUGAUCAUAUUAUAACUAUGGAUUUACAUGCUUCGCAAAUACAGGGUUUCUUCGAUAUUCCUGUUGACAACCUGUAUGCAGAACCGGCCGUUUUAAAAUGGAUUAAAGAAAAUAUACCCGAGUGGAAGAAUUCUAUUAUAGUAUCACCAGAUGCCGGAGGAGCAAAACGCGUUACAUCCAUUGCAGAUCGGCUUAAUGUUGAAUUUGCGCUUAUCCAUAAAGAAAGAAAAAAGGCUAACGAAGUUGCAUCUAUGGUACUUGUUGGGGAUGUAAAAGACAAAAUUGCUAUUUUGGUAGACGAUAUGGCGGACACUUGUGGUACUAUUGUUCAUGCUGCUGACCGUUUGGUUGAGGCAGGCGCACUCAAGGUAUAUGCCAUAUUAACUCAUGGUAUUUUUUCGGGGCCAGCGAUUUCUCGCAUCAACAAUGCUUGUUUCGAGGCGGUUGUUGUUACUAAUACCAUACCGCAGGACGGACAUAUGAGAGACUGUCCCAAAAUCCAGUGUAUUGAUGUAUCGAUGAUGUUUGCUGAAGCUGUUAGGAGGACACAUAAUGGCGAAAGUGUUUCUUAUCUAUUUUCAAAUGUUCCGUAUUAAAGUUAAAUCGUGCAUUGCGAUUUAGAUAUAUUGUAACUAUGUUUAACGAUUUGAAUAUGUUUUUUGUUGCAGCAUAUUUUUUAUAAAAGAAACAUUGCAAUUAUGGAAGCAAACUUAUAUCCAACUCUAACUGUUCAGAAAACAGCAAAUAAAAUAUAAAUAGACUUUAGAAUUUACCUCAGGCCAUAAAAA